UGGAGAAUAGAUAUGAACACAGUUGGAAAUAGAUUUGCUAACAGUUGCUUUAUUCAUAAUUUAUUUCGUUUCUGUUGUUGUUGUUGUUGUUUUUUGUAUUGUGUUUGUUUAAUUUUCAAACUUAAGAACUCAAAUAUCACACUAAAGGAAAACGCUUUUGGGAAAAUGGCUCUGUUUUCGAUAGAAGAAUGUUUUUGACAAUUACAUCGCGAAGGAAAUAUGAGCUUUUUAUCAUAAACUUCAUGAUCGUUGUCUCAUACUUGAUUUAGAGCAUCGCUGUUUGUCUUCAUAAAAGAAACGGGAGUGGUGACUGCGUAGUUCGAAGGAACACAUGCAAGAAAGUACGAAAAUUAUGAAUGGAACGGAAUAAUUAAAAUAGCUUGUUAUCUUUUUAGAUAUCAACAUCAUUUUUAUAUCAAGAACAGCAUUCCCCGAGAAGUUACCACAAGUACGAGUUUGACCGCGAGCGAUAAGAGCGCGCGAGGAAAAGUUUAAAUUACGGCGCAGGGGUUGGAGCGCGCAAUCCCGGUGCCCGGUACCCCGUUAUCUGAAGAGAAGACAUCAAGCAGGCGUGCAAACCUACACUUUUUGUACAGACUUAUCAUCGCCAGGCCAACAACGAAAGAGGUUCUCUUGUUCGUCUAUUAUACUGUGUGUUCGUCAUUUCUUAUUAGAGUUUUGAGGAUAUUACGAAAUAAUUUUGUGGAAAAAAUCCAGAAAACAAAAAGAGGAGUUUCGACUUAUGCGUCAUUUUAUUGCUGACUAAAAACUAUAUUAUUUAUAAAAAAAGUGUUUUAAAUGUUCUUUACUGUAAUUAUGAAUCCAGUUUGAAAUACCACGGUUGACUUGAAAAUUAUUCGUAUUUUGUCCGUGCAGGACAUUUCGCGGGAUACUAUUUGUGAUAAAAGGUCCACUGAAGAUGGCCAGAGGACUACUUAUCCCAUUGGCUGGACUUCUAGUCGUAUGCAUGGCCUCUGAAAUAAAUAUAACUGCAAAUACCUUAUGCCUUAACGGUGUGGGACAGUGCGGUCAAGGUCACACGUGUGGGGAGCACUGUCGGUCAGGAUGUGAAACGGACGGACGGUGCACUGGCGGCUGCGUGGCUGGCUGGGACGGGGAAUUUUGUGAUAAAGCAUGUCGUGAGUAUCAGUAUGGCGUCAACUGUCAACAGGCGUGUGGUCAUUGCAAAAGUGACAAGAUAUGUGACGUCAUUGAUGGCACGUGCCCGGGAGAUUGCGAGCCGGGCUUCACAGGGGAACGCUGCGACCAAGCGUGUACGGCGUUCACAUUCGGGGAUCGCUGUGAAGGCCUCUGUGGUCAUUGCCGGAACGGGAAGGCGUGCAAUAUGGUUACGGGCGCAUGCGUGAAUGGAUGUGCGCUCGGUUACACUGGAAAUAGGUGCGAUGAAGUGUGCUCGAACAGAACGUUUGGACUAGAUUGCACGGGUCGGUGCGGCCAUUGUAGCGGAGGCGACAAGUGUGACCACGUGACAGGCGGCUGCGCGGAGGGCUGUGACCCGGGAUGGACGGGAGACAAAUGUAACAUAGAGUGCAGCCAGGGUUGGUACGGACAGGAGUGCGACUUCCACUGCGGUCACUGUAUUUCCGGCACCUGUCACCCUGUCACGGGCAUCUGCAACUCCGGAUGUAUGGCUGGCUGGGCUGGACACACGUGCAGGACACCUUGCACAGUAAGCCGCUAUGGGGAGGACUGUGUACGCACGUGCGGUCAGUGUAAGGGCGGGCUGUGUGACCGUGCCACGGGCCUCUGUACGCACGGAUGUAGACCCGGAUACGAGGGACUCCUCUGUCAGGAUGAAUGCGAGGACGGGCGGUACGGAAGUGGCUGCGGUAUGAGCUGCGGACAGUGCUGGGAGGGGGCACCAUGUAACCGGUCCACGGGCGUUUGUGACACCGGAUGUGAGUCUGACUGGGAGGGACGCUUUUGCACGCAGAAGAAACCGGGAGACAACCUGAUCUUCACAAACCAUGUAGAGACCGCAGACUCCGCCCUCAAGAAGCCCUCAACAGUCUCCCUUCUGGUCGUCAUAAUUGUGCUCCUAUUUAUCGCCUUCACUUCAACCAUGGUCUACUUCAUCUGUAUCCGACCGCGACAGACCGAUAUAGCCCAUGAGCUGACCCGUCUAGCAUCGGUAAGAAGCAAUGAUGAUGCAGAGCCGCAUCUUUACGAGCAAGUACAAUGCGGCCCAUGGGAAAUCACAAAAGCCAACCUAGUCCUGACUUCGGACCGUUUAGGACAGGGCCAGUUUGGACAGGUCCGGAAGGCAUAUCUUAAGAAUAUACGUAGCCAUGAUGUACCUGUGGCAGUCAAAUCAUUAAAAGUGAACGCCUCCGAGAAGGACAAAACGGACUUCAUGAAUGAGCUGAUGAUUCUGAAGAAAGUUGGCCACCAUCCGAACGUCGUGUGCCUCGUCGGCUCCUGCAAUAUCGGAGGAACAAUGUACGUUGCAAUGGAGUUUUGUCCCCAUGGUGACCUGCGCACGCAUCUUCGGGAGUGCCGGAAGCGGAAACAGAAGCUGUACAGCAAUGUUCAAAACCAGAAUCAACUGUCGUACUCACAGAUGCUGAAGUUUGCUCUGGAUGUGGCCAGUGGAAUGUCCCACCUAGCUGAUAGACAGAUUAUUCACCGCGACCUUGCAGCAAGGAACGUUUUACUAGAUGACAAAUUCGUGGCUAAGGUUGCUGAUUUCGGCUUGUCAAAGAAUGAUGAUACCUACGUGAAAACUACGCGGUCGAAAGUUCCAGUGCGGUGGUUAGCGUUGGAGUCCAUAUUUAGCAACACUUAUACCAUACAAAGUGAUGUGUGGUCAUUCGGCGUGUUACUAUGGGAGACGGCCACAUUCGGGGGCACACCCUACCAUGGAAUGGAUACGCAGCAGUUCUGUGGUCUUCUCAAGCAAGGCUACCGUCUCUGCAGGCCCCGACACAGCGACAUGGCACUGUACCGUCUGAUGCUGCAGUGCUGGCAGGAGGAGCCGAACAUGAGGCCCGACUUCCACGAUCUGCAAUCCCGCCUUCAGGCCAUGGUCGAUGAUACGCAGAUUUACAUUAACAUCGAUGAGGAAAUGCCGUACACUGAGAUGAACGGACAGCCGUGAUUACAGCCCAAGCCAUUUAGAAUCAAGCUGACCUUGGACUAGUACUACAUGUAGACUCCUGCCAGCCAUGUUUCCAGCCAACUAUCGGCCGCCUGUGUUCCCGGGUCGAAAGUGAACAAAACGAGAAAGGGUCAUCGGUGAAUCUCCCUAGACAUGUGAACAGUUGUGGCAUUCAACAGUUGUGGAAAAUUUGAUAACAACAAUAUAAAGAUUAAACUUUGAUGAUUGGCUUGAUUCGAUUUUGAGAUUGAGGUGAUUACAAAAAUAAUGUAAUAUGAUGUUAACGAUACUUUGCAUUUCAAAGCGAAAAGAUACUCCUUUGAUGGCCUCCCACAUUGUUUUUACGUCAUUUGUUUUUGAAAGUGUUUUGUUGUGUCGCGUGCAAAGCAUUGCAGACAUACAUGGAUUACUUUGUUCGGUGUCGUCGUCGCCCAAGUCCUCAUUGGCAUCACCAGUUUGUUGUGUAAGCUUUUUUACACUCGCACUGGGGCCUUGCCUAUUUGAAAAGUGCUCCGAUAAGAUUAUUAGUCAUUUUAGCUUUUUGUGGCAUAGAGCACAGACAGAAUAUAACCCUGGUUAGAGCUACCUUGGUUCUUAAACGUGCACCAGUGUAUAGCACUGUCAUACGGGACCCCUAAUUAACGUCCCUACCGGAAGACGAUUAGUAUAUGUUUUUAGUGGUGCGGCGAGGAAUCGAGCCUGCAACCCCCUAGAUUGACAGUCAAGUGUGUUACCACUAGACCACGUUUCACCGUUUUGUGUCCCAUCAACAUGCAAAUGACUUGGUGCAUAGACUUUAAACUUUGUAUACCCAUUGUUCAUGGUAAAUAGAUGAGCCCUUUGUGUUUUUUGGUUUCGUAGCUCAAAGGUCAAGGUCAUGAUGACCGUUUGUAGAAAACUGAUGGGCGCUCUCGACAGGAGACACAUCCCGGUUCGCAGAAUUCCUGUUUAUCAAUCUGUUUCAUUUUUCAUAAAAUCGUACCUCAUUAUUAUCUUUAAAAGAUAUCUGUAAAAAGUGUACAUACAAUUAUUAUAAUAUCCAAAUGUUUAUUUUUAAGUUUCAUGUAAUAUAGUGCAUACAUGUUUAUCGCGUGUAUUUUAUUGAAUAAAGCGUUAUGAAAGCAA